CUUACACAGAACUGGAUUCUUGUGGCUAAGCUCCCUUCCCCUUGCUCGUUUCAUCUUCCGCCGAGCGGUUUGAUCUCUCAGGCCCUUUUAAUACGUAUAUGUACUUCUAAAAUUCUGUCGAUAUCGAAAAUGAGGUCUACUCUGCUCUUCGCUCGUUAUAUUCUGUUCGGUCUUUUCGUUGUCUGUAAUGCCAUUAUAUGCAGUAUCGCUGUAUGGAAUCACAGCCUCGUCCAAGCUAACGGAGGUCAGACUUUGCAAGUCGAUGCCUAUCUCAUAUUCCUAGGCGCCUUCUGCCUGGCUUUCAUCUUUCCAAUCAUUUUCGCCGACUUACUCUGUACAGAUCCACUCUCUGGGCGGGUGUGGUUCGAGUGCGUAUGGGUAGCUCUCAUCUGGCUCAUGCAAUUAGCUGGUGCGGCCGCCGUGACCGCAAUUGCACCGCAGGCCCAAUGCAUCGCCCAAGCCGCUCUAGCGAAUGGCAAUGCCUGUUCGUCGACCCAUGUUCUUCUAGCUUUUACUUGGAUUUGUACUAUCAUAUUGCUUCUUUAUCUGCUUCUUCUAGUCGUAACAGCCAUUACGACACAACGUAUCGAUCCAGGCGUAUGGCAUCACAAUGUUCGCUAUCUCCGCAUUGAAACCACUCGCCAAUGCCUGCCUAGUGCUCAAAACUCGCCGACCACUCCUCGUUUUAAAGUUCGCGGAACUUCGGAAGCGCAUAAACCUCGAUCGCUUCGCCCGGCUCCGUAUCCGAUCUAUGGCCAUCGUGCUGGACUUGAUUCUGAGUACGAGAUUGAACAUUAUCGCCCAUAUGUGCCGCAACAGACGACUGUGGAUUCCGCCUUGUCCCUACCUGAAGCUAUACCUGCUCCCACUGUAUCAUAUCCUUCCCCCGCUCUCGUCUAUUCGCAAAGAAUUCGUGGUUUGAUUCCGCCGGAGACGGGUGCUCCACCGACACCUCGACUUGAUACGUCCAUAGCCUAUUCGAACUCGGUCAAAUCAUCAACACCGGCACAGCAGACGCGAGCAUCGCUCUCAUCUCCAUCUCCAUCGCCCCCAUCUUCAUCACCGUUUGACUGGCCGCGAGCAAAUGUAAUGGAGCAACCCGUUAAGGCAAAGAGGAAACCACCACCGAGCGCUUUCGAGUUUCCGAGAGGAAGCGCUCAAGUUCCGUCGGAACUCCCUGGUAAUCUUCCCACUGAUUCAUUAUCACAUCCCCGCACUCGACGGCCUUCUGGUCCUCGCGUGCGUCCGCCAUCAGCUGACGAGACACAGCACUCUGCUCCUUAUUUGGCUCGUCCUAUGUAUUAAUAAGACGGCACCGUGAACUCUGAAGUCGAGUUAGGAAGUAGAGUAUAUGUAUGUGAUACCAGAUCGAUAGUUGUUUGUUGUUUUUAAAAGUUGUGCCCAGAGGGGAAACUGAAUUUAGUGUGCAUCGCUUUUG